UAUGCGGAUAUUACUAUUUAUUGGACUUCUAAUUUUAUUAAAACAACAAGAUAAUCCAGAAAUAUUCUAAAAUAAAUACUGUAAUUUUUUUUGUAGUUAGUCUAGUUCUAGAUUCAGUACUUGUAAAUCUAGUUUAUUGUAUAGUCUUAAACUCAUCAAUACAUCCAGACCUGCACAUAAUGGAUAAAGAAGGAAGCACAACAUUGCCUUACAAAGAUAUUGUUAUUAAACUUGAGGUCUGUGAUGAUACUGAACUAGAUGUCCCACCUAAAGAUACGACCUCUGAAACUGUUGAAAAAAAUAUUGCAUUACCAACAUUGGCUGACAAGAAAGCAAAUAAUAAAUUUGGAUCUCCAAACAGUGAGAACAUCAAAACUGGAGUUGUAGCGGAAAAUUCAACAACUGUCAAUGCCAGUCAAGAUUUAUUACCAUUGCGAUCAACUGGCAAAAACCCAACACCGUACGUUUUAAAAGUUAAGCUCACUCCUUCAGUCACAUCGAGCAUAAAUGCACAUUUUCAAGACAUAAAAACAGAGAUGUUUAGUGAUCUAUCAGAGCUCACCUCAAUGCACACAAAUAGCAUUGACGGUUUGUCUAUAGGGCAGCAUGAUAAAUCAACAGAUCAUUCAGCUUUAAGAGAUACACAACUCUCAGAGUUGAAUAAAGAAGGAAAUGCAACUUUAUUAAGUGAAAUUUUGAUUAAACGUGAGAUAUUUGAGGACAUUAAGCCUGAAGUUUUAACUGAAUUCUCAAGUAAUGAAGAGGCAAAACAAAGUGUAUCACCAACAUCUGAAGAUAAAAAACCAUUUGAUUUAAUUGAAAAUCAAAACAGUGAAGACCCUCGAGCUAUAGAUUCAACAGCAAAACAACUUAGCUUUUCCAACAAAAAAUCAGUAGAUCAGGUAAAUACAAAUUAUGUAAUAGAAAAGCCUUAUGAGUGUGAUUUGUGCUUUAAAAGAUUUCCUGGAGCUGGUAAUUUGUACCAGCAUAAAAAAAUUCACACUGGAGAGAAACCACAUGAGUGUGAUAUAUGUCUCAAAACGUUUAGUUUCAGUAAUACUUUAGCCAGACAUAAAAGAACCCAUACAGGAGAAAAACCAUACAAAUGUGAAUUAUGCCCUAAAACGUUUGCUCGCAGUGGUGGCUUAUCUGCACAUAGAACCAGUCACUCAGGAGAAAAACCAUACAAGUGUGAAAUAUGUCAUAAGAGCUUUGCUGUUAGCAGUGGGUUAGCAUACCAUAGAGUUGUCCAUACAGGAGAGAGACCUUAUGAGUGUGAAGUGUGUCACAAAAGGUUUCCGGCUAGACGUAAUUUAUAUUCUCAUCAUAGAGUUCAUCUAGGAGAGAGGCCAUUUGAGUGUGGAGUAUGUCUAAAAAAAUUUGCAACCAAAGGUAGCUUAGCAGAGCACGCAGAUAUCCACACAGGACGUAAACAAGAGUGUAGUGUAUGCCACAAAAAGUUUUCCUCUAAGACUUGUUUAAGCAGACAUAGUAAACUUCAUACAGGGGAGAAUCUUCAUGAGUGUGAUGUAUGUAACAAGCUAUUUACCCGAUUGAGUGGCUUAUUAUAUCACAAAACAAUUCACUUUAAUGAAAAACCGCAUGAAUGUGAUGUUUGUUUUAGAAAGUUUUCUCGACUGAGUGGUUUAAUAUGUCAUAAAACUACUCAUUCAGGUGAGAAACCACAUAAAUGUGAUGUGUGUCAUAAAUCAUUUGUUGGUAGCAGUGGUUUAGAAUAUCAUAAAACUACUCACACAGGAGAAAAACGAUAUGAGUGUGAUGUGUGUCACAAAAAGUUCCCUGCUAAAGUUAAUCUAACUUCCCACAAAAAAAUCCACUUGAAAGAUAAACCAUAUGAGUGUGGGAUUUGUCAUAAAAAGUUUACUUACAAAAGUAGCUUAGAUUCUCAUACAAAUAUUCACGCUGGACUUAAAUAUGAAUGUGAUGUGUGUCUUAAACAGCUGUCUUCCAUGGGCUGCUUAAGGAAACACAGAAAAACUCACUUAGGAGUUAAACUGCAUGAGUGUGACUUGUGUCUUAAGAAAUUUUCUCGCAGUGCUCAUUUAACACGGCAUAAAUUAACUCACUGAUGAUGGCAAGGAGAGUUUAACUUUAUCCAAAAACGCUCAUUAAAAGUAUCCGCAAACACAAAAAUGCAGAAAAAGCAUAUAUAUCUGUUUACUUUCUUACCUAUGCUUUUGUCAGUUAUUACUACUUUUAAAAAAAUGAAGAAAAAAAAAAGAAAAACAAUUGUGAAUAUGUGGCAAAGAGAUUUUUCAUUUUCAGGUUACAAAAAUGGAAGCCAUUAUGUUAGUUUUCUAACUCAAGAGAGAGGCCAUUUAAAUUGUUAACUUGAUCAAUGUCAACCUAAUGCUGUCAAUUUUAAUUUCCAAUGUUAAAAAUGUAUGUAUUGUAAAUAAUGUAAAUAAGUGACUACAAGUAGUUUAUUUAGAUGUAAAUCAUUGAUGUAUGAAUGUAUAUUUAUCCAGAAGAGAAUUGAUUGUUUACCCAA